GGAUGACCGCGGCCGUAUAUUGUGAGAUUAUGGGGAACAAGCUCUUUCCCUCAGUCAGAGCACUGAAGAUGGGUCGUGGCCCGGCCUUUCAACAUGACAAUGACCCGAAGCACACAGCCAGGAAAACCAAGGAGUGGCUCCGUAAGAAGCAUAUCAAGGUUCUGGCAUGGCCUAGCCAAUCCCCAGACCUAAAUCCAAUAAAAAAUCUUUGGAGGGAGCUGAAACUCUGUGUUUCUCAGCGACAGGCCAGAAACCUGUCUGAUGUCGAGAAGAUCUGUCUGUAGGAGUGGGGCCGAAAUCCCUCCUGCAGUGUGUGCAAACCUGGUGAACAAGUACAGGAAAUGUUUGACCUCUGUCAUUGCAAACAAAGGCUACUGUACCAAAUAUUAACAUUAGUUUUGUCAGAUGUUCAAAUAUUUAUUUGCAGCUGUAUCACACAAAUAAAUCCUUAAAAAAAAUCAUACAUUGUGAUUUCUGGAUUUUUCGUUUUAUAUUUUCUCUGUUACAGUGGACAUGCCCCUACGAUCAAAAUUUCAGACCCCUCCAUGAUUUCUAAGUGGGAGAAGUUGCAAUAUAGCAGGGUGUUCAAAUACUUAAUUUCUUCACUGUAAUGCAUAUCCUGCUUGCAGGUUUCCAAGAGGUGGAUUUUUAUUUCUAGUAGUAUUUAAUCGCUUGAAUAAUUUAUCAAUACAAUGUCGGGGGAAAAAAGAUGUUCUUAAGUGCUUCUCCGCACGGCUGGGUCCCCUCCUCCAUCUGGCUACCAAUGACCCACCCGCGUAGAUGUAAAAGCAUCCGACCUUGCUUAGGAUGCUCGGAUUUCCAAUUACGCAGGGCUACCAUGAACGUCUCGAGGUGCUUGCUGGCCCUUUUUGUUGUGGCGCGGCGGGCCGAGUCGCACUGCUCGCCCACGUCUUACUCCAAAAACUGCUGGGUCCGGAGCUUCCCGGGAGCCCUCGUGGACACGGAGGCGUCCGAGAAGCGAGGGGCCCUGCUGCUGAGGACUUACCGGGAGGAGAGCGCGAUGACGUGCAGCCAAAGUUGCUGCUUGAGCCUAAAUGCAUCUUGUAACGUGGCCGUGUUUCGCUACGACGCCUCGCAAGACAACUGCUGCCACCUGCACUGUCCAACUUUGGAGAGCUGCGUCGUAAACCACAGCACCAACGGCGUCCUCUACAACAUCACCCACGGUGUGGAUCCAGACCUGUUGGUGUUCAGGAAACACCUGACCUCCCACGUCCGCGUGGCUCGCUUCAACGCCUCUGAACCGCUUCUCUUGGACAAGCGACAAUUCUUCCAUCCGCCGCCACCUGCUGCCACCGUUAAACCAACCACCUCCAACACCACCGGCACUCAGGGAACCACCAGGAGACGCUCAACGGUCGCUCUGAAACGUCCCCCAUCAGCCAUCAGCACAUUCCAGACAACCGUAGCUCCUCGAUCCACCCACACCACCCCCUUUGGUCUUCAACGUGUUGCAACACCUCCUACUUUACCGUCCACAACCACGACCGACCGUCCUCAGACAUCCUCUACAUCCACAAGCGAUCUGAGGACCCAAACUUUGAUUAAAGAGCAAGACACCAAUGAUCUCAGCACACAAACAUGGGUUGAAAAGCAAGAAACUAAUUAUCUGAGCGCCCAGUUGUCCGUUAAACAGCAUGUCACAGGAAACUCAAGAAGCGAGUCCUCUGUUGAAGAUCGAAACAUAAAUGAUCCCAGCACACGAUCGUCAGUUAAAGGACCUGACGCCAACAAUCCGAGGACUCUGGUAUCAGUUGAAAAGCUCAACACAAAUGAUCCGAGCAAGCAAUCGUUGGUUAAAGAGCGAGACACUGAGGAUCCGAGCACCCAAUCAUCUGUUAAAGUGCGAGACGUCAAUGACGUGAGCACCCAAACGUGGUUUAAAGAGCGAGAUACCAAAGACCUGAGCACCCAGAUCUUGGUUCAAGACCGAUACAAAAACGAUCCAAGCACCCAACCCUUAGCGAAAGAGAGACAUGCAAAGGAUCUGAGCACUGAAUUGCCUGUUAAAGAGCACAACACUAACAAUCCGAGCACCAAAACGUGGUUUAAAAAGCGACACACUAACAAUCUGAGCACCCAAGCAUCGGUUCAAGCGCCAAACACAAAUGAUCAGAGCACCCAAUCGUCGGUUGAAAAGCAAGAGAAACGUGAUCCAAGUACCCGAACAUCAGUUCAAGAGCGAGACACCAACAAUCCGAGCACCCAAACAUCAGUUAAAAUGCAAAACACAAAUUAUCAGAGCACCCAAAUGUCGGUUAAAGAGCAGACCAAAAAUGACCAAAGUACAACAGAGCAGGGCACUAACGAUCCGAGUACCCAGACGUCACUUGAAGAGCGAGACUCUCACAAUUUGAGGACCCAGACGUCGCCUAAGGAUCGAAGUUCAACCCCUGGCGGAGAAGACACCUCGGCGGAUUUAAGACCCGGAUAUCACGGCCUGCCGGUGGCGCUGGUCACCUGUGCUGCGGUAUCGCUGGGAUGUUCCGUUUGGAUCUUGGCAAGCUGGAGAAUGAAGAGGAGGAGGAGGAGGAUGGAAUGCGACCAGGCGUCUGCGAAAAGACGUACCGUGCAUCAGUUCAAGUACGAGCUGGUUGGGGAAGGCAACAACUGACUGAAGGCUUUGAAGGCGGUUCUGAUCUGGAACUUUUCAAAGUUUUAGGGCCCCUUACCAGGGAGACAUUUUUCGAAUGGAAUAAUCACGACAAACUAGCAUGCAUUUUCUCUGCUGUUUUUUAUGACUGCUGCUACACGCAGCUGGUAACUGUUAGUGGACUCAUAGAUGGCGAGACUGGCUUUGGGUCGGGUCCGUCAAGAUUUCUGCACGGCCUUGCUUGCUCGACAACGGUGGAUUUGUCCAAGAACUCAGCGCCACGCUUGUUGUUGUUAGUCCCCGCAUUGGGUUACUUAAAGCAAAGUUGACUGUUUAUUGAACACAGCGGCGCAUCUUUCAGCCAGCACAGCGCCUAUGAACGAACGCAUUUUCUAGGUGCAGACAUCUUUUGAACGUAAUUUUAAUUUCACAAAAAAAAUUAAUGCUAUUGCUACAACAGCUCUGUUAUAGAGCUUGUGCACGUGACGUCACCAUUUUCACGCCGCCAUAUUGCCGGUCAAAUAGAGCUGCUCGACAUUGAACCGGAGAAGAAUAUUCACAAUGCCCGAGACUUGUUCUGCUGUUGGUUGUUACAACAGACGAGGCAGAUAUUCAAAGGGAUCAUUCCAUGGAAUACCAGCUGAAAAUAUCAGAAAAGAUCGAUGGAUUUCGGCAAUUAAACGUGAUGGAUGGUGCCCAACCAAAUACACAUGACCGUGUAGCGAUCACUUCAUUUCAGGUAGGAAUUAUUCUUCUCAAUGUCAAAUUUCCAAGAAGUAUUUACAAUGCCAAGUUGGCUCAUUUGAGAACAAUGGAUUAAAAAAAAAAUGACAGGGCGUCAACUACAACGUACACGAAGCCUGUUGCGACCACAAGUUAAUC